GGAGACAGCAGCAGCGGCGGCGGCUGUAUUAUUCCCACUAGCACCGGGGGCGGCGACGGCGGCCGCCGCCGCAACGGUGAUGACUUCCCUUCCAUUACACCCACUGGAGGCAGCGGCGGCGGCGGCGGCGGCAGCGACACCCCCUCCACAGGAGGCAACGGUGGCAGCAGCAGCGGCGGAGGCGGUAUCCGCACCACUAGCGCCAGAGGCAGCGGCGGCGGCGCCGGAAGCAACUGCGACAACAUUCCAUCCACUAGCACCAGCGGAGGCAACGGUCGUGGCGGCAGCAGCAGCAGCACUCCCUCCACCAGAGGCGGAGUCGGCAGCAGCAGCUGCUGCAGCGACUGCCGUUCCAUUACCCCCACCAGAGGCGGCGGCAGCGGCGGCGGCAACGGUCGCGACAUCCUUUGCACUACCCCCACCGGAGGCGGCGGCAGCGGCGGCAGCGGCGGCAGCUUUUCCUCCACCAGAGGAGGCAGAGGCUUUAGCAGCAGCAGCGGCUGCAUCCCGUCCACUGCCACCAGAGAUGGCGAUGGCAAUAGCAGCAUUAACAACAAUGGUAGGAGGGCCAGGAGGGGUAUUAGGGAUAGGGGUCACACUAGGGGUGCUAGUCGGACCACGUGUGCCUGAAGUAGAAGAAGAAGUGCUAUUCGUGCCAGGCGAGCCGGAAGUAGGGGAAGAAGUGCCACUCGGUCCAGGUGAGCUGGUAGAAGGGGAAGAGGAAGUGAUACUAGCGGUCCUAGUUAAGCCAGGCGAGGUAGCAGUGGUCGUCAUACUAGCGGUGCUAGUCAGUCCAGGCGAGCUGGUCUCAAUAGGAGAGGUCCCCUGUCGCUCUUCCAGAUAAUGGGAGUCGGGCUCUGAGUGUGCAACUGGGUUUGCUACUGCUAAAUGCAUAGUAAUCUGCAGCAGCACACUGAGGAUAUAGAGUGUGGACUUCAUAUUAAAGAUAAUUCAGUACUUUUCUUGCUUGCUUCAAUUUGAAUUGCCAUAAGUCACAGGAAGACUAUCUGCACAGCUUUUAUAGUGACAAGCAG